AUGACUCCUGUGUAUCAUCUAAUCUUUACUGUCAUCAGCCAAAACUUUGGACGCGCUAAGCACAUUAGCUCUGAGGCAUCUUACAGCUCCAACUUAGAAGCCACUAGGAGACUCGGGGUUUCACAGGGUAAUGAAUGGCCUUGUCAGUUUAGGAUAAACAAGUACCACUUCACCCCGGAAGCUGUAGGUUCCUCUGGCGUUCAGAUACACACAGACUCAGGAUUCCUUACUAUUCUACAGGAUGAUGAAAAUGUUGGCGGUCUUGAGGUCAUGAAGAAAUCUGGUGAAUUUGUUGCAGUUGAUCCUUGGCCAAACACCCUCCUUGUGAAUCUUGGAGACAUAGGCGCAAUCGAAAAAAGAACUAAACAAUCUGUCGUCAAUUACACUUGUGUGACCACUGACCACCCUGCAAUCACAAAAUUUGAGUAUAUUACCCCAUGCAAGGCUUUAGAGGGUCUCUCUCGUUCUCUUCCAGACCGUUAG